AUGAGGCACACGAUCACAUCGCUCAUUGAUUCAAAGGAAAUUGGCACUGGCUAUCACUUUUAACUGAACCACCCAGCAUGUCUCUUAAAUCCAGACCAGCUGUAUUUGCUACCAAGUUGUGGUAUUCAGCCGAUGGCGACACCCUUGACACAGAGCUCUCGAACUGGUUGGCUAACGUCAAGCCUACUGAUGAGGACGACUUUGCACCGCCCGUGGCAGGCUGCAAAGCGAUCAUCGCUCCCCACGCUGGUUACUCCUACUCUGGCCCUGCAGCUGCCUGGGCGUACAAGAGCAUAUCGACUACUGGAAUCUCCCGAGUAUUCAUCCUAGGCCCAUCGCACGCGUUUUAUCUGGGUGGAUGCGCACUCUCGAAAUGCGAGACGUACGAGACUCCACUAGGGAACCUCGCAUUAGACAGAGAAGUCAUCGAAGAACUCUACAAGACCAAACGAUUCGAGUACCUCCAACCACGCAGGGACCAAGGCGAGCACAGUAUCGAGAUGCACCUGCCCUAUGUAUACAAAGUGUUUGAGGGGUCCAUCGAUGAUAUCAAGAUCGUGCCGAUCAUGGUGGGUGCUAUCGAUCAGGAGCAGGAGGAAGAGUAUGGGAAGAUAUUAGCGCCGUACCUUGAGAGGGAUGAUACGCUCUUUGUUAUCUCUUCUGAUUUUUGUCAUUGGGGUCACUCGCACUAUGGAUACACAUUCUAUUAUCCCGAGACGAUCCCUAGCAAUGUCCCAGGUGUUCAUCUACGCCGUAGCGGUCCGCGCCCAUCACCCUCCCGACCCAUCCACGCGUCCAUUUCAGAUCUAGACCACGAAGCGAUGGAUAUCCUCACCCAACAACCUGCGUCUGCCGCACACGCCAAAUUCGUAGCGUACCUGGAGCGCACGCAUAAUACGAUUUGCGGACGACACCCCAUCGGAGUAUUGAUGGGUGCGCUCGGUGCGCUGGAGGAGAAAGGCAAGCAGGCGAGAAUGAAAUGGGUGCGAUAUGAGCAGAGCAAUCGGUGUGUCUCGUUUGAUGAUUGGAGCGUGAGUUAUGCGAGUGCGUAUGUCACUUUUUAGAGGGAUCGGGCACAAUGCGAUCGUGAUAUAUAACAACACCGUUGAUGAACUAUGUCUGACUACAGAUACGGGUGUCUAGCGCUGGGUCCAGAUUGCUGACCCGUAGUCUACCUGAUGAUAGGAAAACACAGCUAGACACUACGCGCUACGAGUCGAUCUCAGCCCUGAGGAAGUUCUCCCAGACGACCAUAACGCGUCUGUGAGACUAGAAUGGGGCGUGAGGUGUGGAUGGAAUGAGUGGGAGGUUUUAUAGCUCAUCGGCUGAUUUCGGGUGGAAAUUGAUUGUGUGCGAUGAGAGCUGAUUUUUUCAUUGGACGCACGAUAACGUGUGUGGGACUGA